UGUGCAUACUUUUAUAUGUUUGCAUACUUCUGGUCUUUCGACGAUAAUAAUUCCGAUGUGAAAACUUGCCUCGAUCAGCCAUGUGUUGGUUGGCAUCUCGCUAAAGAUUUAUUGCAUCCUUCCUUAGAAAAGGAAAGAAGGAAAUGUAAACUAAAACGACUUGUACAGUCUCCAGACAGUUACUUUAUGGAUGUCAAAUGCCCAGGCUGUUAUAAAAUCACUACAGUAUUUAGUCAUGCUCAAACUGUUGUUUUAUGUGUUGGAUGUUCAACUGUAUUAUGUCAGCCCACAGGAGGCAAAGCCAGACUUACAGAAGGUUGCUCAUUCAGAAGGAAACAACACUGAACAUAAGAUGGUUUGAGGAGGUUUAUUAGGCCAGGAGUGUUAGGUUUUUAAGCUCAGUGAGCUAACGUGGAUGACUGAACACAAAUAAUGCAAGAUGGCCUUCGUUUCAUAUCUUCCUUUUUAUUUUAAAUAAAAUUUCUUAUGAAAAUUUGAUAAUAAAUGUUAUUUCAAAAUA